AUGAAAUGUCUUCAUUUCGAUGAGGUGGAUAGCACUCAGAAGUGGUGCUUAAGGAACCUCGAGAACCUGCGCAGUGUGCACGGUCUUUCUCCGUCGACGUGGGUUGCAGUGAGUGCGUCGUACCAGACCGCAGGUGUAGGUACACGCGACAGCGCGAGUCUCCAGGAAAAGAAAUGGAUCUCGCCUCCCAACAAUGUGUCGGUCACUUACGUGAUUCCCUGGCCCACUGCCCUCGCUUCGCGCCUUCUGAACUUUGCGCAGACUGCUUCAGUUGCAGUUUGCAAAGUUUUGGAAAAGUACGGCCUGCGAGGUCAAAUUAAGUGGAUCAACGAUGUAUUUGUGAACGACAGGAAAAUAUGUGGUGUUUUGUGUCAUAAUCCAGCUUUUCUGCUUCAGUCGUCGCCGCCUCCAGCUGCCGCCACGCCAGUCAGCGCGACGGCUGCUGCGUCCUCUUUCUCAUCUUCGCCCCUUUCUUCUUCGAUCUCUGUCUCGUCGUCUGUCUCAUCGCCUUUCGCGCAAAGCGCAGGAUCUCCGCCGAGCCAGUACGCCCAGUAUGAACAGCCGGCCGGCGAGCGCUUCUGGGCAGUCCUCGUGGGCGUGGGAAUCAACGUAGAAAAGAAGCCUGGACUCUCCGAGAUGGGUAUCAAGCAGGCAGCUACGUCAAUAGCCGAGGAACUGGAUAUAGAGAGGGGAGGUGGACCGAGACACAGAGGGACUGCAGACGCACUCCUGAAAAAGACCACGCGCGGUCCCUCCAGUCUCUUUGCGGAGUCUUGCGGUCAAGAGACGGUAGGCCUUUCCUCACCUCAUUCAAAGACAUCUGUGAACGAGGGCGGCGUGAGGAGCAGGCAAAUGGGAUACGACACCAGCGCGGAGCGACAAGGCGAGACAGAGGAGGGAAAGGCAACCCCCGUGCCGUGUGGAGACUCGAGCUCGACCUCUUCGGCAAAACCGUCUUCUUCGGGUUUGGACCUUCACGAGAUCCGGGCAUCUCUCGACGCCUACAUGUACGAGAGUUUUUCGAUUCUUCAGCGAGAAGGUUUCAAAGCGCUGCGACCGUUCGUCCUCUCCCGUCUCGCGUGGCUCGGCGACUACGUGGAACUUGAAGAGGAGGGUCAGCCGCCGUCGGCGGCUUCGGGGACGCCCGACAGCGGCGUCAGCCGUGCGGAAUCUUCCACAGAGGCUCCACUUCCCAGUACGUCGUGUGGAACGGGCUGUCACGGUGUGGCGGGAAGCGACGACGAGGAAGAAGAGAUGUUCACCGAUGUUGAUGGUCUCACCCGUGGCCUGGCGGACAGCACUGCAGGACCGCACUCUCCAGCUCGUCCACAAAGUGGGGGCCAUCUCGCCGGCAACGGCGGGCGACGCUUUCUCGCCACCGGCAUUCUUCAGGGUAUCGAUGAAGACGGAGCGCUCCUUAUUCGAACCGCGGACGGGAGCACGCAGAAGUUUCUCGGUGGCCAUCUUGUCAGGCCGUGA